GAGGACUCGGGACGGUCUUUACUACUGAAGAGCUUAACCGCAACGGAAACGCAGAAGGAACACCCUAGAAGAAACACGGGGAAAUAGCUGAAAUUUACUGAAGAAAACAAACCGAAUCCCUGCUCAAACUGCCUCUGCAUGCUGGCAACAAUGAAAACUGCCUACGUUAUCUUAUUGAUGAGCGCCUUACUACUGGGCACAUCUUGGGGGAAUUAUGGAGACAUACCAUCUAAACCUCCCUGCAGACCCGGAUUUUCAGAAAGUUUUUACACAGUCUUUGUUUCAAGGGAUAUACUGCAAGGACAGAGCAUUCUUAAAGAUACCACAGUAUCAUCAGGGCGUGUGAAGUUUGACAGCUGCCGGGAAGAUGAGGAAGUGGGGUUCGAGAGCAGUGAUCCCAGCUUCAACGUGCGGACGGACGGCUCUAUCUACACAGAGCAGGAUGUUUCCAGCCUGGCAGAGCCGGUGCAAUUCAUGGUGACUGCACGGAGCAGUCCAGACAGGCCCACCUGGGAGACCACCGUUAAGCUGGCCUUGGCAGGACAAACACAAGAUUCACCCACAGCCCGGAUCACACAGGAGGAAGAUGAGCAACAACCUAGUGUCAUCAUGUUUCCAGGCAAACAACAGAUGACCUCCAAUGGUGUGAGGCGACAGAAACGAGAUUGGGUCAUCCCACCAAUCAAUGUGCCAGAGAACUCACGAGGACCCUUCCCCCAGAUGCUUGUCAGCAUCCGCUCCGAUCAGGACCGGGACAUUCAGAUUCGCUACAGUAUCACAGGCGUCGGUGCCGACCAGCCACCCAACGAGGUCUUCAGCAUUGACCCAGUGGCAGGGAAGAUGUUCGUCACCAAGCCUCUGGACAGGGAAGAAAGGUCCUCCUACCAUCUCCGAGCCCAUGCUGUGGACAUGAAUGGGAACAAGGUGGAGAACCCCAUUGACCUCUACAUCUAUGUGAUCGACAUGAACGACAACAGGCCUGAGUUCCGUAACCAGGUCUACAACGGAUCGGUGGAUGAGGGGUCCAAGCCAGGCUCCUAUGUGAUGAAGGUCACAGCCAACGACGCCGAUGACGACACCACGGCCAAUGGGAUGGUACGCUACCGGAUCCUGACUCAGUCGCCACAGAGCCCCAUCCCCAACAUGUUCACCAUCAACAGCGAGACGGGUGACAUCGUUACAGUGGCUGCAGGGCUGGACCGCGAGACAGUGUCCCAGUACACCAUAAUCAUCCAGGCCACCGACAUGGAAGGCAACCUCAACUUUGGGCUCUCCAACACUGCCACCGCCAUCAUUUCCGUGACGGAUGUGAAUGACAGCCCCCCGGAGCUGACCGCCAGAACGUUUUCAGGGGAGGUUCCAGAGAACCGGGUCAACAUCGUGGUGGCCAACCUGACCGUGAUAGACAAGGACCAGCCGCACACCCCAAACUGGAAUGCCGUCUACAGAAUCGUGAGCGGCGACCCCUCCGGCCACUUCGCCAUCCGCACCGACCCCGUCACCAACGACGGCAUGGUUACCGUGAUAAAGCCUGUGGACUAUGAGAUGAACCGGGCCUUCAUGCUGACGGUGGUGGUGUCCAACCAGGCCCACCUGGCCAGCGGGAUCCAGUCGUCCCUGCAGUCCACUGCCGGCGUCACCAUCUCCGUGGUGGAUGUGAACGAGCCGCCCUUCUUCCCUUCCAACCCCAAGCCCAUCCGCUUCGAGGAGGGCGUCCCCGCCGGGACUACGCUCACCACCUUCGCCGCCAACGACCCUGACCGCUUCAUGCAGCAGAUUGUCAGGUACUCCAAGCUCGCCGAUCCAGCCAACUGGCUCAGCAUCAACACCACCAAUGGCCAGAUCGUCACCACAGCCAUUCUGGACCGGGAGUCGAUCUACGUGAAGAACAACAUUUACGAGGCCACCUUCCUGGCCUCAGACAAUGGGUCUCCACCUGCCAGUGGCACCGGCACACUGCAGAUUUACCUGAUCGACGUCAAUGACAACGCCCCGGUGCUUCUGCCCAAGGAGGCGCAGAUCUGCGAGAGGAUCAAUACCAAUUCCAUCAACAUCACGGCGGCGGACGCCGACAUAGACCCCAACGUGGGCCCGUUCAUCUUCGAGCUGCCCACCUUUCCUUCCAGCGUCCGCCGCAACUGGACCAUCUCCCGCCUGAACGGUGACUACGCCCAGCUGAGUCUGCGGAUCCAGUACCUGGAGUCUGGUGUGUACGAGGUGCCCGUGAUCGUGUCAGACUCUGGGAACCCGCCUCUGUCCAACAGGUCCAUCAUCAAGGUGAAGGUGUGCCCCUGCGACGAGAACGGGGAUUGCACCACUGUCGGAGCGGUGGCAGCUGCCGGCCUGGGCACUGGAGCAAUCAUCGCCAUCCUCAUCUGCAUCAUUAUCCUGCUCACCAUGGUCCUACUCUUCGUGGUGUGGAUGAAGCGCAGGGAGAAGGAGCGUCAGACCAAACAGUUGCUGAUUGACCCAGAAGACGAUGUCAGAGACAACAUACUGAAGUAUGACGAGGAGGGAGGGGGAGAGGAGGACCAGGACUAUGACCUGAGCCAGCUGCAGCAGCCCGAGUCUUUGGACCACAUCAUCAGCAAGCCCCCUGGGGUCCGGCGAGUGGACGAGAGGCCCGUGGUCCCCGAGUCUCAGUACCCCAUUCGGCCAGUCGUGCCUCACCCUGGUGACAUCGGGGACUUCAUCAAUGAGGGCCUGAGGGCAGCAGACAACGACCCCACAGCGCCGCCCUACGACUCACUGCUUGUGUUCGACUACGAGGGCAGCGGCUCCACCGCUGGCUCGGUCAGCUCCCUCAACUCGUCCAGCACCGGCGACCAGGACUACGACUAUCUCAAUGACUGGGGGCCACGCUUCAAGAAGCUGGCUGACAUGUAUGGGGGCGGUGACGACGACUAGGCCGAGCGACCCGCCAAUGCUCUUCAACCACAGACAGAACCCGAACCACACCACCAACCGCGACACCAGUGAGGACUGUACAAAGAGGCAGCUUUGUAACCUGUCCCCUCCUGCAGACUGUACUCAAAUAUGUUUCUUUCUUUUUUUCCCCCCUCUUUUAGUGGCAAGGCUUCAGUUUGACUUUUUUUUGUUGUUGUAGGUUUACUUUUCGCUCUGCCUGAACGCAAGCUGUCUACUAGCAUGGGAAAGUGAAUCGCUUCUUGUCUUUGGCCCUAGUGUUCCACUCCACCGCAGACAGCUGGGAACACCUUUCCCGUCAUCACUGAAGAGGGUGUGAAAAGGCCUUCUUUCUUAACUUGAAUUCUUAGAACAGAAGCACUGUUGUUAUAAAAGUGCCUUUUGUGGUGCAUUUCAUUGGAUUCCCUCUAUCUCAGGAUUGGUUGCCAUUGUAAUGGCUUCGUAUAGCACGCUUGUUCAUCCC